AUGUUCUUCUCUGACGGCUCCACCUUGCUACGAUCUAUGAAAGAUGAAAGUCUUCGAGCAACGUGGGCACCAUCGCUCAUCGAUCCUUCACCUGCCAGCGCACAGCUUGCACGUGCGCACUUUGAAAAGCAUCCUCCAAACAACCUACGCAAAUCCAACUUCUUCCACUUCGUCGUUGCGCUAUACGACCGCGCAAGUCAACCCAUUGAAAUUGAACGAACUCAGUUUGCUGGAUUUGUGGAGAAAGAUAGGGAAAUUGACGGCCAAGACACGAAAAAUGGAAUUCAUUACAAGCUGUACGUGCUGUUUCAGAAUGGCCUUCGAGCCGAACAGGACUUAUACGUCAGGCUUAUCGACAGUGUCUCAAAACAGGCAAUCGCAUAUGAGGGGCAAGAUAAGAAUCCAGAAAUGUGCCGUGUGUUGCUGACUCAUGAAGUGAUGUGCAGUCGAUGCUGCGAAAAGAAAAGCUGUGGAAACAGAAAUGAAACACCAAGUGAUCCAAUUAUUAUAGACAAAGAAGAGAAGAGAAAAGAAAAGAAGAGAAAAGAAGAAGAAAACGUUAAAAUCACCCAAAUCGAGUUUUCUGAGGUUUCUGAGAUGUCGAUAGGAACAACUCCAUUGAUCAAAGCAUUGUGUCCUAGCGAAGGAUGGAUCCAGGGCGGAACCCAGGUGAUAAUAAUAGGAGAAAACUUUUUCGAAGGAUUGCAAGUAGCAUUCGGUUCUACUACAGUGUGGAGCGAGCUUGUGCAAGUUAUUUCACCGCAUGCCAUGCGGGUUACUAGUCCACCUCGUCACAAUGCUGGGGUUGUCGAAGUAACUCUUCAGUAUAAAAAUAAGCAGUAUAGCAGAGGAGCACCGGUUCGAUUUACAUACGCAUCUCUAACCGAGCCAAGCAUCGAUUUUGGAUUCCAGCGGCUUCAGAAACUUCUUCCUAAAUAUCCGGGAGAUCCAGAGAGACUUCCGAAAGAAAUCAUAUUAAAGAGAGCAGCUGAACUUGCUGAAGCUCUUUAUAGCAGGUCUGUGCGCACCUGGUUCCAGCGCUUCAAAGCCGGAAGCAAGAAACUCGAAGAUGAGCCUCGCUCUGGUCGACCGACUGCAAUAUCGUUCAACGAACUGAAGAAUCUGACGGAGCAGCAUCCAUAUGAAGGUGCGCGGUAUUUUGCUGCCAGUCUUGGCUGCUGGCUGUCCACCGUGAGCAAUGGACUGCGAUCUCUCGGAAUGGUGAAAAAGCUCGGUCAGUGGGUCCCACAUGCAUUGAGCCACGGCAACCACCAAAGACGCCUGGACAUCUGCACUCAGCUGCUCUCCAAAAGCCGCAGAUUCGACUGGUUGGACACCAUUGUCACUGUAGAUGAAAAUUGGUGA